CCAGGCCCAGGGACCGCUACCUCGCCCCUCGUUGGCUCAGUCGCUCCACGUGUGUCGCGCAGAGAAGAGGUCGUCUCUCUCGCUCGCGGACGUCUUGACGGUCGGUCGACGCGCUGUUGAGCCACGACUCCCAGACUCGCUCGUUCUCGUCGUUCCGGCUACGCACCGAGUAGCCGCCCCCGAUCCCGUGUGCGAAGACGCCGUCGGUCUCAUCUCGCCGCCCGGAAGAGGUGAAUAAGACAAAAGCCUGCCCUCGCCAUACGUGUUGAUAGGCGUGCCCUCGCCUCACUCCCACCGGCAACCGAAGAAUCCUGGAGGGCCACUUCAUCCCCAGGCUGGCGCAUUUCGUAUUUCGCCUUUUGAACAAUAUGGACGUUUUUCCCGUGGUUCUCUAGCAGGAGCUGUAGCAGCGGCCACCACCCCGGUCCCUCUCGCUUUCCCAGGCCAGACGCGCCACCACUCGAGACCACGUUAACCUCUGACGACUUUAGCACACUUGACAAAAUGGUGACCGAAGGAAAGAUUCACAACCUGGUGAUAGAGGACUCUGCCGACGUUCUCCACCAUCGUCUUGGCCAACUCAACCAGCUGAGGAAAAGCCGACACUUCUGUGACGUCGUUCUUCAGGUGGGCAGUUCGGAGAUUCACGCCCACCGCUCGGUUUUGGCAUGUGCUUCGCCCUACUUCUUUGAGCUUUUCACCGCCGAAGAUGAACACAAGUCAGCUCGUGAAGGAAGGUUGUUAUACAAGCUGAAUGGAGGUUUCGAUCGCGACUCCAUAGAGAGGUUGGUGAACUAUGCUUACACCGGCUGCCUUGAAGUACCCGACCCGCAAGUGAAGGCGGUCUUCAUCGCUUCUAGACGACUGAAGAUGGAAAAUGUGACUAACGCGUGUGGAGAGCAUUUAGUGGCCAACCUUUCCCCCGAAACCUGUCUCGGUAUAAGGGCCAUCAAUGGCAUUGCUGCUAAUGCGGCUUUUGCUGAGCGGGUUGACGAAUACAUACAGCAACAACCUGACUUGGUUGAAGUAACAAGAGACGCCCUGGGGGUUCCCAAACUACAAGUAACAGUCAUCCAUAAGACCCAGGAUGAAGCAGCCAUCACAGGACGCGCACUCUGUAAUCUUGUCCUUGAGUGGCUGAAGAAACAGUUGGCAGAGGAGGAAAUUCAACUUGAUCUGUUAAAGGAAAAGAAGCAUAUGUUGUACUUGAACAUGGAUAACUCCCUCCAUGACUGUACAGAGAUCCAGUCAGGUGAUCUUAAUGAUUCAGAGAUGGUCCAGGACUACAAGAAAAUGUCCAGAAAGCUCUCUCAAACAAACAUUAAGGCUCGAAGGAAGUCUACAACACCACAGCCUUCCAAGCCCCGCCUUUUGCUCUACUCGCGUAGUAUUUCUGAUAAGGAUGACUCAGAGCAGGAUUCAGACUGGAAGGUCAUUGCCUAUUCUCAUGUUUCCGAAACUUCAUGGCUGGCCAUAGUGACACUGAAAGGCUCAGUUGCUGUUCUGUCUGUGCAACAGAAAAUGGGAAGUUCAUCACCAACAAACACUCCCAUGACAUCCCGCCCAGCUUCCAUGGAGAAAGUAGACUACUAUACAGUUAUUCCUCACAUGUCUUCACCAAAGUGUGCCUCUGGAACGGGUAACCUUAAUGGGCGACUCUUGGUAUGUGGCGGCUAUGAUCGCGGAGAGUGUCUUCGAGCGGUUGAGGCUUACAACCCACAGAACAACACUUGGACAGCACAACCUUACAUGCGCCAGGGAAGAGGACGGUUUGACCUGACAGUUCUGAAUGGGAAGGCCUAUGCAAUUGGAGGCUGUGAUGGUACACGAGAGCUUAAUAACGUUGAGGUUCUUGAGGAACAUUCUACAAAAUGGACCAGCGUUGCUCCUCUGCCUCUGGCUCGCUCCAACACUGGUGUCUGCAGUGUGGACGGCAAAGUGUACUGCAUAGGAGGGUGGAAUGGCCAGUAUGGGAUUAAGCAGUGUGAUAUGUAUGACCCUGCAGCUGACAAGUGGCAGACAAUUGCUUCUCUUCAUAUUGGUCGUUACCAAGCCGGAGUGGCUUCCCUUGGAGGAAAGGUCUAUGCAGCCGGAGGUUGUGACUCCUGGAAUUGCCUGAACUCAGUUGAAGUUUAUGAUCCAGUACUGGAUACAUGGCGUUUUGUUGCCCCAAUGACAACACCUAGGCGGGGAUGUGGAGCUGAAGUAUUCAAAGGGAAAUUGUAUGUGAUUGGCGGCUCUGAUGGGACCCAGAGUCUUUGUUCAACAGAGAUAUAUGAUCCAGAGACAAAUACAUGGAUGCCUGGACCGCCCAUGACUACAUGCAGGGCCAAUGUUGGUGUUGCUGUUGUCAAUGACAAGCUGUAUGCCGUUGGAGGUUUCUCUGGGAAGAAUUUCCUCAAUAGUACAGAGUACUUGGAUCCUGAGACAAAUGAAUGGACCAACUUCACUCCCAAGCCUGAGUUUCUCAAGGAAGGCAAUCUCUCUCUAGACGAUCAAAAAGGGAGCAGCCGCAGUUUGAAAGAAAAUGGUCAUAAUGGUAUUCACGAAAAAGCGGAAUUUGCUGAAAUCAGCAAAAUCAAUCACAAAGAACAUGACAAAGUCUUCGAAAAUGGGGUUGUUAAUGGGCACAGUGAUAAGGAUAGUAAUGGUAUUGCUGUUGGAGAUAAGCAAGUGACUAAUGGGCAUUAGGAAGAUAAGGAUAGUGAGGGGAGAAAAUCUUUCAAUUCUGAUUGGGAAGGCACAGUGACUUUUCUAUUCCAGAGUUGUAUUACAGCUUUUGAAUCCUGUCACCCAUUUAUUUUCACAACUGGUGACUUUCUCACAAAAUAGUUACUAGGCGGUUUCACAUCACUGUACCCAAAGGAAAACCUCCUUUUCUGAAGUUUCGUGCCUUCUCACCUCAGCUACGAGGCAACACUCAGCUUGCUGAACAUCUCACGGAAGUCUAAAAGACAAUUUCUUGUUUAUGCGUGAGAUUGGUUAAAUUUCAUACAGUUACUUUACACUUAUAUUACUCCUUAGUUGGGAGUGUAGAUAUUUGCCUAUGGUAAUGGAGAAUUUGUAAUAUAUACAUAUAUACUGGAAUAAUGAUAUGAAAGGUUUUAUGUUUGAAUAUAAUGGCUGUGGACAAACCUUUGUUGAAUAUUGUCAUGUUAUCAUGAAUUUCUUUAAGAUCUUUUAUUGUGUAUCUUUCUCUUCUAAGUUUAGGAGGAGUUUUUCUUACAAAUUUUUGAAAGUCAAUUUUAUCUUUAUAUAUUUUCUUGAUGGUUCAAGGGAUCAAUUAUUAUAAAUAAGAAGUUUGCUUUUCGUUCUAG